GGAAAGACAUGGUGUGCCCCCAUUGGAACUAGGACUGAAAUUGACUAUGAACCACACCAGGUGGCACCACUCUGGCAGCCGCCCAACAACAGGAGCCUGGAAGACUGGCUUGUAAACAAUGGGCAGACCCAGGAAGAGUGGCAGAAAGUUCAGGACAUGAUGGGGCAGAUACAGCACCUUGAUUGCCUGAGCCGUGACGGAUGUCUCGAUGAUGGUCCUAUGUCAAUAAGUAAUACAGAACCAACGAUAUCUGAUUUGAUGGAUGAUGACAUUAUACUAAACAUGGAGCAAGCUAUGUUCCUCCUGGAACAGAUGCAGUCGAGACAGAAGAGAAAAGUGCACAACUUCGACAGAUUCCCAACAAAGAAAUGGUCCUCUAAUAAACCAAUCAAAUAUAAGUUUAAUGGACAGCACAGUGUGUACCAGAUGACCAAAAUCCGUGGCGCCCUCUCUCACUGGCAGGAGCAAACUUGCUUGAGUUUUGAAGAGGUUCAUCGUAACCAGAUUGUCCCGGGAUCUCAUAUUAUCUUUGUGAAGCGAACUGGCUGCUCAUCCUACUAUGGUCAACAGGUCAGAGUGACCCCUCAGCCUAUCAGUCUUGGGGCCAACUGCAUU